AUGCAACAACCUGCUCGUAGUUCUCCCCUGGAAAAGCACAAAGCAGUGCCAGAGGGAGAAGGGCACUUGAAUGCAGAAAGUGAGCAACCCCAGCAUGGUCCAGGGAACAGUGACUCGGACAGUGUUCCCUGGAAGCUUCCAGCAAUGGGUCCUCACGCUGCGGAGAAGAUGGAGUCAUCCUGCCCAGAGGGGCAACCCGGAGGCUGCGGAGUGUCUCUUCAGCACCCGCUGCGGAGCCUGUCAAAGCAGCACUGUGAGAACCAGGGGACUCUUCUCCAGUUUGAGCGGCAAGCCCUGGGCCGCAUUUCCACCUCCCCCACAUUGAGGAGGUUGAGGGGCAGCAGCUCUGGGACUUUGCACUUGCGGCCUCAGCGGGCUGCCUCGGAAGCGCCCACCUGGGGAAGCCCAGGAGACCCUGCAGACUCCCCCUGUCACUUCUCCAAGGGACCACCUGGAAGCCCAGAGGAUUCUUCACACCCCCUCUCACCCUUGAGACUCCACUCCAGAUUGCCUUCGGACCCUGACAGGGCCCUGCACGCAGCUGCCUCCUCUGAGCCACCAUCCAGGCCCACUGACAAGUACACCCUGCCUGGGCUUCAGCCCAUCAGCGACGGGCACCUCCACCGGGACUCUUUUCGGGGGCAAGAAGGCCACUGGCUGCCCAGCCCCAUCCCAUGGCACCCUAGUCCUCAGGGAGAAGAAUCACAUCAGUCCAGAUUCUAUGAGCACAGACGGAGUUCAGUGGUGCUGAACUUACCUGGACUUGACGUGUUCCCCGGGGACCUUCUGGUGUCUGAUGGAGCUGCCGAUUACCUGUGCCAUCCACUCCUGCUGCUGAAUCCAGAAUCCAAAAAGCCAAGAUGGCCUUUCUCCAAGAGAGGAGCGGGCAAAGACAAACACAAGCACAUAUCUGAUCUGGAAAACUGCCUCUCCUCCAUGAAGAUUACAGAUUUCAGGGGCUACGAGUUCUACAGCCUUAAGGAUAAGACCUGGAAUGAAGUCAUGGAAAAACAUCAAAAACUUCCCACCGACCAAUUAGACUGGAGAAAGCAGCAAGAGGCCGUGUGGGAACUUUUCGCCAGUGAAUGCACUUAUUUCUUGGAUCAUUUAUUAGUUCUUAAGAUGAUCUUUAUGAAUACACUAAAAUAUCUACAGACGCAUGAAUAUCUCCUGGAUGUGGAUUUAUGGAGACUUUUUGCAAACCUGGAGGAGUUAACUCAGACAAGCCUCGGUUUCAGCAACAGUCUUUUUGGCAUCAUCAAGGGUUAUGUAGAUGCUCCUGAGACUUCGCCAUCAAUGGAUUUUAUUUCCGUGCUCACAAAGUAUUUCCGAGGGAGCCUCUGUCAGAGCCACCAGACCUACUGCCUGAAUUAUUCAGCCGCUGUCUUCUAUCUCGAGAGCCUGAGGCAGAGAGAUGACUUUGGAAUUUAUUUAAAAUGGUGUGAGCAAAAUGAAUGGUGCAGACGGCUUCACCUACCUGAGCUACUAGUGGCCCCACUGCACAGGCUGACUCGAUAUCCCUUGUUGCUGAAGAGCAUCUGGAAAAGGAGUACAGAUUCCACUGAGAAAAUCAUGAUCUACUCCAUCAAGGAAAAGGUGGAAAAGUCAAUCCGGGAUCUUGAAGGAAGAGUGAAGUGGCUUGACAAUUUCCAAAAAUUUAGACAUCUACAGGAGAUUAUAGUGUGGCCUCCACUUUGGGAUAGAGAUAAAAGAUUUUUCAUUCCAGAGUGCUUGAAACACAUUUUUAAAGAACACAUGGCAGAAAACAUCUUGUCACCAACCAACAGACAUCUUCUUUACGAAGGAAAAUUAACCCUUGCAGAAAGCACAAGAUUCUUAGAUGUUUAUCUGUUUCUCUUUGAUGAUUUCCUCUUAAUCACAAAAACUAAGCGCAACAAAAAGAAACUUGGAGUCUCAGACAUGGGUCUGUUGUGUCCUUCACUUACUUCUGAGCUGCAAACAGUAAUAAAAGAGGGUGGUUCGUGUACAGUACUCGAUCAGCCCAUUCCACUAGACCGAUUGGUAGUCAAAAGUAUUGAUCCACUCCACGUGUCAGUCUUUGGGCUGAGAAAUGCUUUUCUUAUACAACAUGAAAACAGAUACCGACAGUGUAUAGCAGCAUUUUUAUUACAAGCCCAGACGGAAAACAUCAAAAAGACAUGGAUGGCACAAAUAACAUCAGCAAUCUCUUGCUUUACCAAGAGUCAGGAAAGUAAGAAAAUAUCUUUAUACACAUUGCCUGCAGAAUCCUCUGAAAUUUAG